AUGUCGCACGAGAAGGGUGAAAUCCCGCUGCCCAGCUACGAGGAGUCGCUCUCAGGGCGCCCGCCCGCGAGCGGCCAGCAGAUCAUCGACCAGUUGACCAAUGUGCGAGCCCGGCACGUCCGGGAAAUCAUCGACGGCGUCGUCUAUCCCAGAGUCGAGGAACAGGCGAUAUACGGCAUAGCAAACACAACCAUCGCAUUGAUCCCUUCCGAUGCUGUGGCCGAGAAGCCAAUCUCAGAAUUCGAUUUCGGCGAUGCAAAAGGCGACGGAAAUCUGGAACUUGUUGGCUUUCCCUCAGACGAUAUUGUCCAACAGGUGCGGCUCAAGGGGCCGCUGAACAAGACACAAUUCUGGCGCCAGCCAGGAGUCGUCGAAGAAUUCCGAAGGACUUUGCAGGGCAAGCUUGCAACAGCUCCAUUUGCCCCGGUUCCGCAGCACAAUGGACCGACUUCUCCCGGUCCGGCAUCCAUCCCCGAAGCGCCCACGGUGUCCAAAGGGAGGGGCUUUUUGAGGAAGCGACAAGAAUCUUCGGCGAGGACACCCUCCAGCCAAGAUGUCGAACGCGCAGCCGAGGCGGCGGCGGCGGAGCAUCCUGCAAGUGGGCUUCACGCCAGAGUGGCACUCGAGGAAAUCUGCUUCCGGACCGUGUCAGACUUUGGACUGUACGAGACAAUUAGCCGGCCAGCAGUGGUUGUACGAAUUGUUGCUGGGCUUUGA